CACCUAUCAGUGCGCUCGUGCGUAUGUGAUGCUCGGGAUGAGAUGAAAGUUUUCUUCAGAUCAGCUGAACUCCGGCAGUGAACACACAGACAGAAAGUACUCAUCGUUUUCCUCGGACAGAUAUUCACGGGUUAAAAUGAGGAUUUCCGUUGCUCUCGCGGCUUUACUGCACUUCACAUCUCACGUGGGUGCCAUUCCUCCAGAAUGUGAUCCAGAUUUUGUGUUGCUCAAAGAGGAGGAGAGUUGCUACAAUAUCAUCCAUCAAGAGAACCUGACAGAGAUCACUUCCACACACACAGGUUGCAGUGUAUUAUGGGACCAUCUGAAUUGUUGGCCUGCUGCUCAGGUGGGAGAGACCGUAUCCCAGCCAUGCCCCAAAAUCCUUAGGGUCAAAGCAGUUGUAAUGAGAAACUGUUCUGAGAGCGGCUGGUCAGAAACAUUUCCUCCGUAUGAACUGGCCUGUGGCCAUACACUCAACGACAGCUUUCAUUCUCACAGUGACUUGCAGGUGUUCGUUUCACACGAGUAUUUCUUUUACGUGAGGAUCAUGUAUUCUGUUGGAUACACCAUCUCUCUUGUGUCACUCAGCAUUGCUCUCACAGUGCUCUGUGUGUUCAGGAAGCUGCACUGCACACGUAAUUUUAUUCAUAUGCAACUUUUUACAUCUUUCAUCCUACGAGCCAUCUUUAUCUUCAUCCGAGAUGCUGCACUGCAUUACUCACAGGAAUAUUACCACUGCAAUUCCCAUCCGCCUGGUUGCAAAGUUGCACUGUUCCUGUCUAACUACUGCAUCCUGGCAAAUUACAGCUGGUUGCUGGUGGAAGGUCAUUAUCUUCAUAGCCUCAUUAACCUCUCUGUACAUUCACAGAAGAAACGUCUUCACUUCUAUACACUGCUUGGCUGGGGGAUUCCAAUGCUCAUUAUUAUCAGCUGGAGUUUAGCCAAAUACAUGCAUCAGGAUGAAGGGUGCUGGGAGACAAGAGAUCAUGGAUGGAUAUGGUGGAUACUUAGAGUUCCAGUCAUCAUUUUUAUAACAGUAAACAUGCUGUUUUUCCUUAGUAUUAUUUGGACAUUAGUGGGGAAAUUGAAAGCUGCAGACAUGCAUGGAAAUGAGUUGAAUCAUCACAGGAAGCUGGCGAAGUCUACAUUCCUGCUGGUGUCACUGUUUGGCCUGCAGUAUGUCCUCUUCGCCUUUUUUCCAGAUAGAGUAAAUGUCCUAACCUUUAAAAUCUGGAAUGUUAUCGAGCUUGCACUGGCAUCCACACAGGGCUUUAUUGUGGCACUGCUGUACUGUUUUUUGAAUAAAGAGGUCCGGUAUGAAGUUCAAAGACGAUGGAGAAGGUGGCGCCUGAAGCAACAUUUCCAUGGUGAUCCCAGAGUGCAUCACAGCUCUGUGAGUCAAAGCGGUCUGCCACUGACACAGGUGUCCCUGCUGACACGCCCAAACACACAGAUAACAUAACCACAACCAACACAAAACUUAACCAAAACAUAACCAAACAUCAAUCAAAACAAACCCAACCACAAGCAACACACAGUCAACACAAAACCUAACCACAACCAACAAAUAACCAAACAACAACCAACACAAAACCUAACCACAACCAGUCUUCACAGCCUAACCAUGACUGAAACACAACCUAACCACAACCAACAAAUAACCAACACAAAACCUAACCAAAAACCUAACCACAACCAACACACAGUCAACACAGCCUAACCAUGACCGAAACACAGCCUAACCAUGACUGAAACACAACCUAAAUAAAACCAAUAUACAGCCUAAGUACAAUCAACACACAGAAAAACACAAACAUAACCACAACCAAACAACAACCAACACACAAACAUAACCACAACCAACAAAUAACCAAACAACAGCCAACACACAGUAAACACAGCCUAACCGUGACCGAAACACAGCCUAACUUGACUGAAACACAACCUUACUAUGACCAAUAUACAGCCUAACCACAACCAACACAUAGUCAACCCACAACCCUACUGAAAAAUCCAGCUAAGACCAGCAUAAGCUGGUAGCUGGUUUACGCUGGUCCUGCCAGCCUGACAAAGCUGGUCAUGCUGGUGGGCCAGCUGGUCUUCCAGCCUGACCAGCUAAGUCCAGCUAGACCAGCUUAAAAAGUGACCAAAACACAGCUAGACCAGCUUGCUACACCAGCAAAACCAGCUUCAUUCACCAGCAAAACCAGCUAAAACCAAGCUGUAGACCAGCUAAAACCAGCUCACCAGCUUAUGCUGGCCUUAGCUGGAUUUUUCAGUAGAGAAGCAUAACCACAACCAACACACAACCAAACAAGAACCCACACACAAGCUAACCACAACCAACACACAGUCAACACAGCCUAAACAUGACCGAAACACAACCUAACUAAUACCAGUAUACAGCCUAACUACAACCAACACACAGUCAACACACAAACAUAACCACAACCAACACUUAACUAAACAACAACCAACACACAAGCUAACCACAACCAGCACACAAUCUAAUCACAACCAGCACUGCCUAAACACAACCAACACACAGCCAACUCACAGUAUAACCACAACCAACACACAGUCAAUACAAAACCUUAAUCACAAGCAACACAUAACCAAAGAACAACUAACACACAACCUAACCACAAGCAACACAUACCAAACAACAACCAAAACAACCCAACCACAAGCAACACAUACCAAACAACAACCAAACCAACCCAACCACCACCAACACAUAUUCAACACAAAACCUAACCACAACCAACACACAGUCAACACACAACCUAACCACAACCAACACAUAACCAAAGAACAACUAACACACAACCUAACCACAACCAACACAUACCAAACAACAACGAAAACAACCCAACCACAAGCACCACAUAUUCAACAUAAAACCUAACCACAACCAACACAUAGCGAAAGAUCAACUAACCCACAACCUAAACACAAGCAACACAUACCAAACAACAACCAAAACAACCCAACCACAAGCAACACAUACCAAACAACAACCAAACCAACCCAACCACCACCAACACACAGCCUAACCACAAGCAACACACAGUCAACACACAACCUAACCACAACCAACACAUAACCAAAGAACAACUACCACACAACCUAACCACAAGCAACACAUAAUCAAACCACAACCAAAACAACCCAACCCAACCCAACCACAAGCACCACACAGUCAACACACAACCUAACCACAACCAACACAUAACCAAAGAACAACUAACACACAACCUAACCACAACCAACACAUAAUCAAACAACAACCAAAACAACCCAACCAACACACAAUCAACACACAGCCUAACCACAAGCAACACAUAACCAAAGAACAACUAACACACAACCUAACCACAAGCAACACAUAACCAAAGAACAACUAACACACAACCUAACCAAAAGCAACACAUAACCAAAGAACAACUAACACACAACCUAACCACAAGCAACACAUAAUCAAACAACAACCAACACAACCACCACCAACACACAGUCAACACACAGCCUCACCACAAGCAACACAUAACCAAAGAACAACUAACACACAACCUAACCACAAGCAACACAUAAUCAAACCACAACCAAAACAACCCAACCACAAGCAACACACACUCAACACACAACCUAACCACAAGCAACACAUAAUCAAACAACAACCAAAACAACCCAACCACACGCAACACACAGUCAACACACAACCUAACCACAAGCAACACAUAACUAAAGAACAACUAACACACAACCAACACAUAAUCAAACCACAACCAAAACAACCCAACCACAAGCAACACACACUCAACACACAACCUAACCACAAGCAACACAUAAUCAAACAACAACCAAAAACAACCCAACCGCAAGCAACACACAGUCAACACACAACCUAACCACAAGCAACACAUAACCAAAGAACAACUAACACACAACCAACACAUAAUCAAACAACAACCAAAACAACCCAACCACAACCAACACACAGCCUAACCACAAGCAACACAUAACCAAAGAACAACUAACACACAACCUAACCACAAGCAACACAUAAUCAAACCACAACCAAAACAACCCAACCACAAGCAACACACAGUCAACACACAACCUAACCACAACCAACACAUAAUAAAACAACAACCAAAACAACCCAACCACAAGCAACACACAGUCAACACACAACCUAACCACAACCAACACAUAACCAAAGAACAACUAACACACAACCUAACCACAACCAACACAUAUUCAAACAACAACCAACCCAACCACCACCAACACACAGUCAACACACAACCUAAACACAACCAACACAUAAUAAAACAACAACCAAAACAACCCAACCACAAGCAACACACAGUCAACACACAACCUAACCACAAUCAACACAUAACCAAAGAACAACUAAUACACAACCUAACCACAACCAACACAUAUUCAAACAACAACCAACCCAACCACCACCAACACACAGUCAACACACAACCUAACCACAACCAACACAUAACCAAAGAACAACUAACACACAACCUUACCACAAGCAACACAUAACCAAAGAACAACUAACACACAACCUUACCACAAGCAACACAUAAUCAGACAACGAAAACAACCCAACCACAAGCAACACACAGUCAACACAAAACCAAACAACAACCAACACACAACCUAACCACAACCAAUACAUGGGUAUUUAAAAUGAGUAAGUAAAUGAAUUAAAACAGCACUUCAUUUGAUCAACUGACUCGUCCUCCUGACUAAACACCACUGAGAACAAACUCACCUACACAAACUGUCAGUGUGUUAAAUGUUUAUGAUCUGAACAAACAAUCAGACUGUUUAAGAAUUAGCAUCUUGUCUUGUUUUGCUGUAAGGGUUGUAAUUGUGUCACUGCCCACUGUGCUGUUUAAUGUCAUUUAACUGCUGUAAAGGGAUUUUCUGCUCUGUGGUUUUAACCUGUUAUUAAUGCCUGUCUGUCUAUCUUUCUCCGUGUGUGUGAUUUAAACUAUAUUAUAUAAAAGCAAAAUAAUAUUAUCAGGUAAUAAAGCACAAAUUGUCACUGUAA